AUGUGGGAGCCCUCGUGCCUGCGCUUCCCCGAGCUGCUGCCCGCCAAGCUCAAAGAGCUCAGGAUCAAGUUUGAGGAAAUUAAGGAUUAUUUUCAAUCAAAAGAUGACGACCUCAGCAUCCAACUGCUCAGCUCCGACCUGCUGGAGGAAAUCAAGGGAAGCCUGGGCUGCCAGUCGGUGUCGGAGAUGAUGGAAUUCUACCUGGAGGAGGUUCUGCCCAGGGCCAUGAGGAGCAGCAGCCAGCACCAGCACAGCAUGGGCGACCUGGGCAACCUCCUGGUGAACCUCAGAGCCAUGAUGAGACGCUGUCACAAAUUCUUCACCUGUGAGGAGAGGAGCAGGAGCAUGGAGCACGUCAAGGAGGCCUACAGCAGGAUGAAGAAGAAUGGACUCUACAAGGCCAUGGGAGAGUUCGACAUCUUCAUCAACUACAUUGAAAGAUAUUUAACAAUGAGGAGAAGGAACUGAGAGCACCCCUGGCUCUGCAUUUUCCACACCAAAUCCUGUUACUUUAAAAAUCACUUUAGGUUGCAAGAACUCAAAUUAAGUUAUCUCAAGGUUCAGGUUAAGAAUUACAGGUCAAUAACUUCCAGCUUAAUAUUGUAUUUAAGAGCUAUUUUUUUAAUAAUUUUGUAAUAGUUGAAUUUAUUAUUUAUUACUUCCAAUACCUCAGUGUUGAUGUUUACAGUAUGUUUUGAAGAAAGGAGUGAUGAGCUUGUAAAUUACUAUUUAUUGUUUAAUAUUUUAAUAUUGUUUAUUGUAGUGCUAUUUUAUUCAUAGCUUCAAAACAACCAAAGCAGCAUUUUUCUGGAGGGCAGACAAUGAGCUGAGCUUAUCCCAAGUGAAUUAGGAGCAAGGCCAACUUUGAGUUCAACAAAAUUUAAUUUUAGGCAAAUUACUCUCUUCUCAUGUCCUAAAUCUUUAUUUAUUUAUGCAAUUAGGUGGUUUUAUGUGCAGGAGGAGAAAAAUCCACAGCAACAGCAUGGCUGACUCUUCUUUAGAUUUCAGUCUGUAGAUUAGUCCAGACUAAAUUUUAAAAAUUAAUAAUGUUUGGUUCUAAUAGAACUUAAAUAUUGCUCAGUGUCUGCCUUCCAGAGCUGCUGGGUUGGCCACCCUGCACUUUCCAAAGUUAACCUUACUGUUCUCCAGUCUCUGAUUGGGUUUUCCUCACUGUUUCACUGCUGUUCAUUUUCUUUUACAACUUAGAGGAUAUUUAAUUACCCACCAUUUUAAGGUGGCUCAGGUAAUUUGCAUUCAAAUCCUUGGGGCUGCUCCCAGCACUGCUGGGAUUGGAUUUUGGAUCCUCAUGAGUGGGAGCAGCUUCAGUGCCCCCAAAAGUGGCUGAUUUUAGGGCUCAGCUUCCUCCUCACCCUGGUGGACCCUGAGCCAGAGGAAAAUGCCACAACCCCCAAGAGAGGCUUUGACUUCUAAUAUUUAGAAGUUUAAAGGCCCCCAGCUGAUGAAACACAGCAAAUUUG